CCAAUACGAGUCCCCUAUUCUUCACGCGUCUUCGAAGGCGGCCGCAUCCCCACGUGCUGCGGGACCCGCCGCCACGCGGGUCGCCGCCCCCGCCCCCUUCAUUUGCAUCUCCGCGCCUUCCCCGCUCCCCAUUGGCCGGCGGCGCGCGCGCGCGCGCUGCUUUUCCCACGCCCGCCUCGGCCCCGCCCCUUUCUUUCUUUUCUCUCCCCCGGGCCACGCCCCUCGGGGUGACGUCAGCCGGCGGAGGCUCGGGGAAUGACAUCACCUGCGAGGGUGGCCGCUCGGAGCCCGAGAGGGAGCGCGGAGCCGCAGUCUCUCUCUCUCUCUCUCUCCCCCUCCCUCUGCAAGCCGGGCAUCCUCCUCUUUUCUCCCCCGCGCCCCCUUUUCGGCUGGGAGGGGAGAGCCCGGAGGGGGUCCGGCGUGGGGGUGGGCAGGAGGAGGACCGGGGGGGGGCUGCCGGACCGGGCUCCAUGCGCCUUCCCCAGCCAGGCGAGGAUGUGAGCCGCGGGAGCAGCUCGGCGGCGGACCAG